AUCCCACCCUCCUGGACAACUGUCGUCCAAUCUCCAAACUGGCUUUUAUUUCCAAGGUUCUCGAAAAACUUGUAUCUAAGCAGCUUCUUGCUGCUGUGGAAAACAAUAAUACCUUUUGAAAAGUUCCAGUCUGGUUUCCACCACAGCACUGAGACAGCCCUUCUCAAACUCACUAAUGACCUUUUAAUGAAUGACGACGCAGGCAUGUGCUCAAUUCUUGUGCUGCUGGACUUAAGUGCUGCCUUUUGACACAAUUGUUAACUACCAUUUUUAUCAAUUUCUUUUAGAAAAAUUUCCUCUCAAUUCAUUUCUUUUAUGAAUAGCAAUAACAUCUUUCAGAAUUUCAGUCCAGCUUCCGAUUGCCGAUUCUAGACACUGUUCAUUUUUAAUCCUCCUUGAUCUUAGCUUGGCCUUUGAUACAGUUGACCACUAAAUUUUAAUCAGUUGUCUAGAAGAAUGAGUUGGCAUUAGGGAUUCAGUGAUAGAAUGGUUCCGCUCCUACCUCACUGAUAGAAGCUUCUCAAUAUUAAUUGCCGAAACUUUUUCUUCCAUGGCCCCCCUAUCCUGUGGGUCACUUCUGGGUACCUUAUUGUUCUCAAUUUACAUGCUUCCCCUGGGUCAUAUUAUCUGCAGCCAUAACGUAAAUUUUCACUGCUAUGCAGACAAUACUCCUCUCUGUGUCCCCCUCAGACCCAGUGAAUCAGACAACUUGGCAAAUAUUUUAUCCUGCCUCUCGGACAUUAAGUGCUGGAUGUCACAAAACGUCUUCAAACUAAAUGAUUCCAAGUUUGACAUCCUGUUGCUUGCCCCAGCCAAUAUCAUCCCUGUUAUCUAGUCAAAUCUUGGUGGCCUAACAUCUAAUGUGAAGCCCUCUGCCCGUAACCUAGGUGUGUCUUUUGAUUCUAUCUUAUCUUUUGAGAGCCAAAUUACAAAAGUUGUGCAAUUCUGCUUUCUUUAGCUAAGGACUAAGUAAUUUCUAUCUCGAGCAGACCUCAUUCAUGCUUUUAUUUCAUCACGCUUAUAUUAUUGCAAUGCCCUUUACUCUUGUCUUAGUCAGAAAGCCAUCUCUCGCCUGAGAAAUGCAGCGGCUAGGCUUUCAAUCAACUCCAAAAGACGACCACAUUACUUCCCAUCUCCACUGGUUGCCUGUAGGAUUUAGAAUUAACUUUAAGAUUUUAUUGCUGACUUUUUAAGCUCUGUAGGGGUUGGGCCCCAACUAUAUUUCAAACAUACUUGUCCCCUAUGAGCCUCGUCACAAAAGAUGACCAGGCUUUUGCAGUAAGGGCCCCUUGUUUUUGGAACUCCUUACCAGAGGAUCUCAAGCUAGCAACCUCAGUGUCCUCCUUAAAUCUCAUCUCAAAACCUAUUUUAACACUUCUUUCUAUUUUAUUUUAUCUUACAGCACUUUGUCUUUUCCACUAGUUUUGCUUUUACCAGGUCUUUAUUCCCCUGUUGAUAUAUAAAUGUACUGAGUAACCCUGCUUUCUUUUACUGUUUAUCAUAUACCCUGUUUGUAAAGCAGUUUGUAACUCUGUUUUGAAAGGUGCUAUAUAAAUAAAGUUAUUAUUACUUUGAGAAAUAUAAAUAUCUACAAGAGCCCUUUUUAUUUAGUAAAAGUAGCCAAUGUUCUCAAAUGUUAAAUGUUGUACAAACACAAGCAGCUGCACAGGAAGUUUACCUGAAUAAAAUACAGUCUAAAAUUGGCAAAAUUUUGAUUUACAUUAGAGACUAACUGAUCACAGAAUAAGUAAACAAAAUUACAACUCUGACCACACAUGCAGUGCCAGCUUUUGAUACUGGACAGUUUUGAUACUUGGUGCUACAGACAGUGGGGCACAUUUUGGUUGUUUCCAAAAAAGUAUUGUGGUUCAAUACCCAACCCUGCUCAUGUUAUGUUGCCCUUUGCAUCAAGGGAAAGCAAUUCUCUAAUUUUAUGGCCAGACCAAUGUACAGUAGGACUGCAAAUGAGAAUUAUUUUCAUUAUCAGUUACUCUUUAAGCUAUUUUUGUUUUGUUUGUAAUUUAUUAAUCAUUUAGACUUUAAAAUUUCAGGGGGAAAAAUUGUGAAAAACAACCAUCACAAUUUCCCAGAUGACCCAGGAUAAUGGCUGAAGGAUAACAUCCAAGGAGUUGCAUUCCCUCAACCCAGAGUGACCCCACUUUCCCUUUUUUUAACUUUCAUCUGCACUUUUGCAACCUCCCCUUGUUGAACUUCUGAGAGUCCUGUCUCAGCCCAGUGCCCAUUUCUAUGGGAUUUCAUGGAAUGCAUGUAUUCCACAGUAGGAUCAUGUAAAUUUAUUUUAAACUGGACAAUCCUCCUGACACUCUCCUGACCAAAAUACAGUAUGACUCUCAAAUUUGAAAGUCCCUGCCUGUCCUGAUUCUCACUCUGGUUCCAUCACUUGUUCUCUACCUGCAGCCUCUUCCACUAACCCAUCCCUUUUUCUAGUGUCAUUGGGCCAUGGUUCGCAAAAAAGGUUCUCUUAUACUAUGCUGUGCUUUCCUGUUUGUUGCCUGGAAUGCUUUGCUUCUACUUUAUCUUUGGGGUCGCCCUCCCAUUGGCCGCCUCGGAGAAGGUGGUGGAGCUGAACCAGGAGGAAAGGAGGAGUGGGGCAUGGCCAGAGGGAAAGGAGGCCGGGUCAAUCUGGCAGGAGAAGUGAUCCGGCUGGCAGAGGAGGUCGAAAUUCAGCUCGAGACCCAGAAAAAGCUACUGAAGCAGAUUGAAAGUCACAGAGCAGUGUGGGCUCGGCAGAAAGAUGUUGGGAAAAGAGAAACAGAUGAUACAAAAGAAGUCAAAGAAGAGGUUGUCCACCAGCCACCAAAGCCUCCACUUCGUCUGAAAGACAGUGUGGAUGACAGGGACCAAACUGAAGUAAAACAUACACAGAAGCCUGUUCAUACAAUAACUUCAGGCUCCAAGUUAGAACAACACCAGGCCAUUGAAAUACAGGAAGAAAUUGUUAAGAACAAUAAAUUGCCGACUUACGUUGCCAGCCCAGAAGUCGUCAUUCCCAUUUUAGUUAUUGCUUGUGACAGAGUGACGGUAAAACGGAGCCUCGACAGACUGAUACAGUACCGCCCUUCUCCAAAACUAUAUCCAAUCAUCGUCAGCCAGGACUGUGGUCACAUCGAGACAGCCCGUGUGAUUGGCUCAUAUGGAGAUCAAGUGACGCACAUAAGCCAACCGGACCUGUCAGACAUCAGAGUGCGGCCAGAGCACAGGAAGUUCCAGGGCUACUACAAAAUCGCCCGACAUUACCACUGGGCACUCAACCAAGUGUUCAACACAUUCUCCCAGUCUACUGUGGUCAUAGUGGAGGAUGACCUGGAGGUGGCACCGGACUUCUUUGAGUAUUUCCGAGCCCUGUACCCGAUCUUGCGCUCUGACCCCACCCUGUGGUGUGUUUCUGCCUGGAAUGAUAAUGGCAGAGACGCCUUGGUAGAUCCAUCCAAAGCCGAGCUCCUCUACAGAACAGACUUCUUUCCCGGUCUGGGCUGGAUGCUGCUGAAGGAGAUGUGGGACGAACUGGAACUCAAGUGGCCCUCGGCCUUCUGGGACGACUGGAUGCGUCAACCAGAGCAGCGCAAGGACCGCUCCUGCAUCCGGCCGGAAAUCUCCAGGACUAUCACCUUUGGCAGGAAAGGCGUUAGUUUAGGUCAAUUCUUUGACCAGUACCUUCGCUAUAUUAAGCUGAACACUGAAUUUGUGCCUUUUACCAAACAGGAUUUGUCUUAUUUGCGAAAAGAGAAGUAUGAUGAAAAGUUUAUCAAAGAGAUAUACAGUGCCCCACUGGUGAAGAUUGAGGACCUGCAACAAGGGGGCAGCUUAAAAAGCCCUGGCCCAUACAGGGUGCAGUACUCCAGCCGGGACAGUUUUAAAGUCUUUGCUCGAAAUCUGGGAGUGAUGGACGACUUGAAAUCUGGAGUUCCUCGUACAGGUUACAGGGGCAUAGUCAGUUUCCUGUACCGGGGUCGAAGGGUGUUCUUGGCUCCGCCAGAGGGCUGGACGCAUUAUGACAUCAGCUGGAGCUGAGAGACUGACCCAGACUGUACAAUGUGAGUGGUGUUGAAGAGGGGAGAGAGCCUUACUCAGAGGGACACCCUCUCAGACCAAAGAAUAUCAGCAGAUGCAGUGGUUCGUGAAGGAAUUAAAGCAGCACAGAUGGGGCUGCACAUCAGUGGAGCUGGGAGAUCAAGUGCUGACCCAGGCCUGUUUGUUAGGGUGCUCAUUCAGGAUCAGCUGUUCACCGGCCACACAGACUUCACAAAGAGUUAAAACUUUUAGGAAAGGCAAAUUCCACCCUGUUUCAAAACAGCUAUUGGCAAUGUGCCUUGCUUUCCAGGCCCAUUUUGUUUGGUGUAUUUUUUAUUCCUGUGAAUAACUGGCCAAAUGUAGACAUAACAUCACAUUCAGAUGUUUGCAGCAGCUGUAAAGGGAGUUUGGUAGCAGAAAAUAAUUUGAAUUGUUAACAGGAAGAGGAUGCUUCAGUGUCAGUGAAAAUACACUGGAGGCCAAACACAAGCAGUGCUCAUCUCUAGAGCUCUAGUUUUUUCACACGUUGGAGAAAAAACUGUUAUGUAUAAAAUCUUGGGUCACAUUUAGCAAAGUUUUUGAAAAAAAAUGUUGAAAACGAUCCGACUCUUCAGAUGUUAAUGUUUAAGUCUAUAAAACUAAUCAGAAGCAGAGUUGUGUGCAAAGGAAAAUGAAAAGCUUCUACAAUGUUUUAGGUGGUAAACAAAGGCCAUAUCCAGUACUGAACAAAGUUAUUAUAUGAAGUCAUAGUCCUGGGAAGAAUGUUGAAAAUAUUCAACCAGAUCCUAAUAAACCUAUAAGGUGGGGAUAAAUGAUGCCAAGCAGAUGCACAAUAACCAGAAACAUGAUUUGGUCAGACCAAGAAUGGUCUCAUCUAUUGAAGUCAGUACCAACCAUGUAGGAUUUCUUCUUUACUCACUGACUGAUACUCCACAACAAAAUACCCCUCAGAAUGUUUUGUACAGGACAAGUAGCAGUAUAAUAGUGUGGGUGGAGUUUUUCUUGAUUUAUCAGUAUUGCUGUCCUUAGAUCAGUUUAUGAACAUGGCCUUGAAAGUGCACAACACUAAAUCAAAGCAGAGAGAUGAGCUCAGUGUUAAGACCUGUAUGCUUCAAAUGAAGUAGGUCAGCCCACAUUUAAAACGUGUAAGUGUUAAUACCUGUUCCGAAUGGCCACACUCGAAGAUGGGCGAAAAAACGUCCAUCUUUGUAGUCUCGACACAAAGGCUGUAAUGGUGUUGCACUCAGUUGUUCACGUGAGAAGUGACAGAAGUAGUUGCGUGAAGAAUGAAAAAAGAGAGCCGGAGAGAGAAGCUCAAACCCCACUCACUGUCACACUUCCAAACACAGUCACUGCGUCAAGUGGGUGUGAUUGAUGGCCAGUGGCGUGUCCAGACUUUUUUUGACUGGAGUGACACACACACACACAUUGGAAUAGCAUUAAUUUACAAUUUCUGUCUCUACUAUACAUACAGGGCAAGUUGUAAGUACAUGACAUCCAAAUCAUGGUUUGGUCAGCUUAGGUUUUUGAAAAACCACUGAUUGAUUUUAUUUGUUUCUGCAACAAGAAGGCUGAGGAGAAAUGAUUAUCACUGUACUGUAAUUAGCUUUGGGAGAUUAUCCACAAGAUUGAUUGAUUGAUUGAUUCCCACUCUGUAUGGUGAUGUGUAAAACCACUGCCUGAUGUGUUUAUAACUUUAAUACAUUAUAAAUAAAAUCAACUAUUUUAAUAUUGUC